AUGUCGGACCACUCGAGUCCACACAACGGUGGCUAUGAUUCUGCUGAGCCUACGAGAUUGUCGGUCCGCAAGGACCUGUUCCCUGACGAGAGCUCCGCCAAGUCAGGAACUAGCUCCGAUUCGGAUGAGCAGGACCAGCUCGAAGACUUUUCCUGUGUUAAACUGGAAACAGACUUCGAACAGAGCAUAGAUGAUAUAGCACAUCAAAAAAUGCAGGUUGUGAAUGGAACUAUUCCGACAGCACCACGAUCGCGACACAAGAAGCACAAGCAGCGAUCAAGGCGUGAAUCAAAUCAGUCAACACUUAAUGGUUAUCUUCCUUCAGAAAGGAAGCGAAAAAAACAUUCUCGUGAACGCAGUAGGACACAUAAGAGUAACAGUGUAGUCUCAAAAGUAAAAGGUGGUAAAAACCUGAAUUUAGUAAGUAGUAGUGAGUGUCAACAAGAUGAGGAUGCAGGUGACUCUGCUGGUGAAAAUGAAAGUUCAGAAGAUGAAGUGCUAGAAAGAAGUGUUAAGUUGAAAUUGAUGCCGCGGCUGAGUGGUAAACCAUACAGUCAUGAACUUAGUCAAUUAUCCUCUAAAAAGAAUAAACGUAAAGACUCUUCUAAGGAGCAAAGGACUCACAUAGUGACCCCGUGUAGUGGUAAACCUCGGUCAAUGUUAGGACUUUGUAGUUCUCGUAGCAAAAAGAAAUCCAAGAAGUCUGAAUGUACACCCACUUAUCGAAGUCAGAUAGUGGAUACCAGUACUAACCUAAAGAUUAAAAUAAGGAAAACAAGUGUUCAAGAUGCAGUGAGUAUAAUCGAACCAGCACCAAAAUCAAUGUCCGAUAUUGGUCAAAGAAAGUCGAGAAAGAAACGUGCCGCAUCGCCCGUCCCAAGCGAGAGUUCAGGCGAAGAGUAUGACCCUGCACGUGGCGACACGGCAGCGGCUAUGAGCGUCGCAGCGCCCAAACCACGUACGAGACAGAAAGCUCCACGAAAACCUACUAAUUCAAAAAGUAAAGCUCAAAAGACUGAAAAAAGUAGAGAUAAUCCAGCGGUCAGAGACAUUGGGCCACAAAGUCCGUGGGGAACUUCCGUGCCUGUGGAAAUUCUUUCCAAGAUAUUCGAUAAUGUAGUUGUACAACAGGGAUCCCUACCGACUAUUGUAAGAUUGGGUAAAGUAUGUAAAUUAUGGUAUAGUGUAAGUUGUAAGGCUGACUUCUGGAGAAAUGUGGAUCUCGCACAACACACUGUAGAAAAAUGGAAAACUGAUUACAAACUGGUGUGGCUGCUAGAGAACAGAUUGUCCCAGUGUCAGACUUUGAAUCUUGCUCAAUGGAAUGUAAAUAACGUGACAUGGGUGCUAGCGUGCUUGGCGGACUAUUGUCCUGACCUAAUAGAGCUGAGCGUGGCCGGCUGGAGCCGCAUCACGCCUGAACAGCUCUACGACCUAUUUCAAGGAUUGCCUAAGAUGCAGAGGAUCGAUUUGUCGUCGUUGUCAGAAACAGGCGGCCUAAGUACGUGCUUAUCAGCGGCUUCAGUGGCGCGAGUGUUGGAGACUUUUGGAAGUAGGCUCACUCACCUUACGCUCGCCAACAACAAAUUCUCGGCCUUACAGCAAAUACUAACAGCAGUGGCGAAUAAUUGUUCCAACUUGGAAGUGCUGGAUAUAUCUGGUGCGCUGGCUACGUCGCAUCCAGCCGCAGUACCACUUGAAGCGCUUCAACGUGGUUGCACGAAGCUGCGUGUUUUCCGCGCUGCUAACGCGCAGCUUGUACUCGCCAACGCUACCACCUCGCAACAGAUGGAAGCCGGAGGUUGGAGUAUGUUAGAAGAACUUUCAAUAGCCGGUGGGGCAGCCGCCGAAAGGAGUUCGGUUGGUGAAUACCGGUUUGGGGAGGAGGCUUUAGCGCGCCUUGUUCGUGGUGCUACGAGGCUUAAGCUUUUGGACCUGAGAGGACUUCAACGCUUGACCGAUUCCGGAUUAGUGCGAGUGCCUGCUUGGGAUCUACAGCAUCUUUUCCUUGGAGGAUGUAACGUGACACGUCAGAGCACGGCGUGUCUGGAGCUGAUCUGCGAGAAGUGGUCCCACAGCCUCCUUGAAUUAGAUCUGUCGUGGGCUUCAGCCACCAGGCCACUGGACGAUGCUGUGGCAGCACUUGCAGAUGCCACGGAUAGCAGAUUACGUGUCUUGAACCUUUUCGGCUCGUCGGUAUCACUAGAACCUGUCAAAAAAGUGUUGUUAAAAUGCACCCAAUUAGAAUCAAUAAAUUUAAGCUUGUGUCGAGCUUUGCCCCGAGGCAUGAAGCGUCUGUACACCGGCAAGGAGUUAGAAGAUUUAAAAAUCAGUUUUGAUCCCGAGAGGGCGAAAAAAUCCGAAGAGAAGGUGAAAGAAACUAAAAAAUCUAGGAAAUCAAAAGUAAAUUCAGAUAAAGAGGAAAAGAAAGCGACGGCCGAUAGUGCUUCGGAGAGUUCUAGUACUUUGGAUAUAAAGUCUCCAGACAAGUCUUCCCCUAGCUUAUUUCAAGAACCGCGUAAGGUCUCCGACGUAGCUGGAACUGAGAAAAAUUCCGCUGUCGAGGCACAAAUUAAAUCCCCCCUCAACACUAAGCUAGUUCCGUCGCCCAAAGAGCCUUCAGAAGCUGUGACGUCACAAAAUGAAUCUAAAUACUCUUCGUCCAUUUCCAAACUAUCGAGUCCACUCGCUCAGUUAAAACCGGACUCUUCCUCCACUCCGAGAUCCGACCCCAUGAAGGCGGACUUAGGAAGUCCACAUUUUAGUCCCGUCCAGAAACCGGACAGCCAAGUCCCGAGCAGCCCCGAUGUCCAAUCGGAAAUCGUGAAAAAUAACGCCUCCUGGAACGUCGGCCCUUUCAAAAGAACACCGAAUCACAAAUCUGAAGCGAGUCCUUUAAAUAGAUUAGAGAGUCACAACAAAGUAAAACAGGCUAAAGUCAUAGAACAAUGCAGUCCUACCACCUCUCUAGAAAAUAAACGUAGCCCGGAGACGAUGGGUGUGAAACCAGAUAUAAAAAAUCCAAACACCUGGAAUUAUGGCAGCUACAGUCCGAUGCCCAGGCAGGAUCAGUUCCCGUCGCAACACAGUCCUUACUCUGCUCAACCGAGUCCCGCCCAACCCAGUCCCUACUCGACUCAACCCAGCCCCUACUCCACCCAACCGAGUCCCUAUUCUUCUCAGCCCAGUCCUUACUCCGCCCAACCCAGCCCUGACACGAGCCAAAUGGUAAAGGCGGAUCUUCAGAAGUCUAACGCUUGGAAUACCGGAAACUACAGUCCUCUCGCAAAACAUCACGCUCCCUUCUCUCCUCACCCCGCGACCCACACGAGUCCAGAUCCUGGCUUGGGGGUCAAGAGCGACACUCUAAGAAAUAAUCCAAACAAAACUCCCGGUCAGUACAGCCCCAUGUCUCGGCCGCAACACCAUAGUCCCUACUCGCCUCGGCCAGGCAUAGAUAACAGUUACGGCAACAAAAAGAGCCCCGGCGUGGCCGGCAAAUACAGUCCCAUGAUGCGCGCCGACUGUCACUUGCCCAGUCCGGAAGGAGGGCACGCCGCUCGACCGCACCUGAGCAGAAGUCAGGAGAUGUACGGGCGGCCGAAGGCACCGGACGUGAUGCAGAGUCUUCCGACGCCCGACAUUCCAACUUCGUGGGGCCUCGACAGAUACGGUCAGAUGAGCACGAGUAUCGAGUCGCUCGUGUGGAGCAGUGGGGGGCAGCAACAGCGAGUCGACAGCGCGUCGCUAGCGCAGCCCCAAUGGCCGGACCUGUCCGGCUUCGACACCUCGCGGCGCUCCGAAGCCAGCGACCCCUGGAGCUUGGGGCAGUUCCGCAUCGAGCCGCCCCAUCAGGUACACAACACGUUCGUCGAGCAGAACGUGACGUUCGACUCUUUGGCGUCCCACCUCCCUUCGCACCAGUCGUUGCCCGCUUUCCUCGACGACAGCUUCACGGAGACGUCCCGCGUGGACUGA